AUGAGCAGUCUGAACAGCUUUAUCGAGGACAAUGAUAAGAAGGCUUCGAUAGAUACCAGUGAAAAACUUAAGAGUGAUGAUUUGAACGUAUCUGCAACGGAAAAGGACGCAUCAGGAGCGCAAAUGCUCACCACCCCUAACGGCUCAAAAGGCAUGAGAGUUCAACCUCAGAUAAGCCCAGCAAGUCCCAGCAACCAGGAACAUCCACUGAGAAACGCUUCUCCUAGACUGGCGAGCAAAUCCAAGCUUCCUCGUUCCAACACAGUCAAACGUCUUUCGCUGAUCCAGCCAGUAGUUUCUCCGUUUUCAACGCCACAAGAACACAGACAGACAAUCCGCUUUGACACAAGAAGACAGUCUCAAAGCGCCAUCUCUGAUCAUUCUCGCAGCAGUAGCGGGGCCUCUGAGUUGCAUCCACAAACUGAAUCCGGUUCCAGCGUUAGUUCGUUACUGCAGUUGCUGGCCAACAAAGAACUCGAACUUCUGGAAACUAAGCGCAAGAUAGAAGAACUCAGAAAGGGUUUGAUUAAUGAAGAAGCACAGCUACAGCUGCAGACACAACAAUUGCAAGACCUGAAAAAUCAGGUUGGUAGAACCGUAUACGCUGGUGUGGAUGAUCACAAAAACGUCAAAAACGGCAGAGGACCUUCGAACCUUGUACAGCCAUCGCAAUCAGCGGUCGAAGAACCAUCGCAAUCUGUUUCUAACAGGGAGUCUAUGUGGUCAAAGCCGCUAACGUUUUUCAAUCAAUUUGAUCAACUAAUUCAACAUGAACUAGAGAAGAAACUACAUUGGGACGAAGUGCCCUCGCCGACAAAAACACCAGUACGACAAACAGAUCCCGGAAGCAAACCAUCUGAUGAUGUACUUGAAAAUGUCUCCUCAUCUCUUUGGAGUUUCGUUAGCGACGUGAAAACAGGUUUAAUGGGAAUAAACGAAGAACCCACAUCACAAGAAUCUCAGAAGCAUCCAAGGAAUACCGGCCCGCGUGUGUCUGUAGAAAAGGAAACGGAGCUCGAAGAUCUGCAUAGUAAGAAAAGCGAAUGA